GGGGUCUCAGAGCAGGCAGGUUUUCAAGUGGAAAUGGCUGGUUUCCUCUCAGACCUGGUUCAAUACCGGAAGCUGUUGCUGAUGAUUAUGGUGCUAGGAAUUGGUGGAACCCACCUAUCUGGUUUUCAAAUGUCUGUGAUCAAUUACACUUCUCCGUACAUUCAGAAGUUUGUCAACGAAACUUGGCUGGAGCGAUACGGUUCUGUGUUGCAUCAGGAGACACUCACAUUAUUGUGGUCCUUUAUCGUGUCUAUGUACUGUGUGGGUGGAAUGACAGGGUGUCUGUGUAGUGGGUACCUGACUGCAAAAUAUGGAAAGAAGAAAUGUCUGCUGUUCAACGAUGUGGUCCUAAUAAUAGCCACGCUGCAUACUGGCUUCCGCAGGAGAGUCAGCAGGAGAGCCAAAUCCUUUGAGAUGAUCCUGAUUGGGCGCUUCCUCGAAGGCAUUGGUGCUGGAAUACAUAUGAAUGCCCAUGUUCAGUAUGCUGGAGAGAUCUCACCUAAGAAGUUGCGUGGAUUUGUAAAUGUGACCUCCUCUGUGUUUCUUGCACUAGGAAAAGCUGUAGCAAGAAUUCUUGGAUUACGAGAUCUUUUAGGAACUGAAGACAUGUGGAAUGUGCUAUUGUCCUUCUCUGGGUUGGUGGCAUUGAUUCAACUGCUCUUUUUGCCAUUCUUUCCUGAGUCCCCUCCCUAUCUCUUGCUGCAAAAAGGAGACAAGGCUGGUUGCUUAAAAGCCAUGAAACAACUCUGGGGAGAAGGGAAUUAUCACACAGAAUUUGAUGACAUGAUGAAGGAAAAGGCUGUAACAAAAGGCACCAAAAUCAUGAAUGUCCUAGAGGUGCUGAAAGAACCUUCCGUGUAUCCACAGCUGAGUACCAUGCUCCUUCUUUUACUGAGUCUACAGCUCUGUGGCCUGAGUGCAAUCACCUUUUACACCAGAGAAAUUUUUCAGACAGCCAACCUGCAGGAAAGCAUAAUCCCAUAUGUAUCGCUAGGAGUUGCAAUCUCUGAACUCAUCUCUAUCAUCUUCUGUAGCUCCAUUAUUGAUCGUUUUGGACGUCGGAUACUCCUGUGGGGUGGUUAUUUGCUGAUGGCACUGAUACUGGUGUUGCUUGAAACAAGCCUUCUACUGAGUGAUCAGUUCCACUGGAUGCGUUACUGCAGUGUUAUUCUCAUCUUUUUAUUCAUCAUUGCCUACGGAAUAGGACCAGCUGGAGCUGUCUCAUCUGUCAUGAAUGAAAUCUUCACACUCUCAACAAGGUCCUCUGCUUUUGUAAUUGGUGGAAUCGUCAUUUGGCUAGGACUCACUUUCACUGGAAUGAUUUUCCCCUUUGCUGUUAUGCUUCUUGGUCCUUUUUGCUUCCUCAUCUUUAUUGCUGUCCUGGUCAUUUCAGCAGUUCUCAUCUAUCUGUUCCUCCCAGAAACAAAAGGGAAGUCAACCUCCGAAAUCACAGAAGAAUUCAAAACACACCAAUUUAAGAAGAAACGUCAUCAGACUGUGGAGAAGAAUGCUACUGAAGAAAAGACAUUCUGCACCAAGCUCUGA